AUGGACGCUUUUGUUGAUCAUGUUCUUGGCGUGAAUCCUGCCGCUAUGAAAGGCGUACCGUUCGACGUGUUUUUGGGAGAAGUUGACGCAUACUUCGGCAUGGUCGAAACGCAGGGCGGCGGGACGCUCCACGCCCGCAUCCUCGUUUGGUUGGCAGACGCACCGCCCAAUUCACCAGCGUUUGACCUCGCCGUCCAGACCCACGGCGAACAGUACUUACGCAACCUUGAGAAGUGUGUAGACAGUGUCGUUACAACGUCACUGCCGCUGGAUAUUGCUGAGUCGCAUUGCCAGUUUUGUAGCGAGCCGUACGCGCAUGCCAAUCCCGAUUGA